CGUAGAAUCUAGUCGAAAUCAGUGAGAAAUACAAUUAAAAUUUGGGACGGGAACACGAAACGCUUCAAAAUCGGUAUAGCUGCCGGUUUCAAACCAGCGCUGCCAACCGAGCCGCGCGAAACGUCAAGCAAUGACUGAACAGAAAUCGAGCUGUCAAACCGCUUCAUCAAAAACCAAUCACCCACGAACGAUUUCGUCCAAUUGUUGCGUGAAUUCCACGAAAUAUAAUUGAUUAGCAGUCGAAAAUCCUGUUGCUUUCGUCACUCAACGGGUUUAAACACUGAAUCACACGGUGCUGUGUAGUUGCGAGAGAAGUGUUGUUUGCAUACACCAUACAAAGGGCAUCCAAGCAGUAGCAGCAGCAGCAGCAGGAGCAACAGCAUCAUAAGCAAAUCACACACAAGGGCACAGUACUAGACCACAGUCGCAAACAUACGAGAUGGCUGGCGCUAUGCUGAUCGACCGUGCCCAAUCGCACUCACUGAACAGGCAGGACAUUACCAACUUUGCCCGCGAUCUCGAGGUGGACGAAAACGAUGAGGAACAGAUCCGACAGAAGGAACAGAAAAUUCUCGAACUGGGCGAAACGUACAAGAAGGAGGGCAAGGCCAAGGAGCUGGCCGACCUGAUCAAAGUGACCCGCCCGUUCCUGAGCUUCCUGAGCAAGGCAAAAGCGGCCAAGCUGGUGCGCUCGUUAGUGGACCUUUUUCUGGACCUGGAAGCCGAAACCGGCAUCGAGGUGCAGCUGUGCAAGGAGUGCAUCGAAUGGGCGAAGCAGGAAAAGCGCACCUUCCUCCGGCAGUCGCUGGAAGCGCGGCUUAUCGCGCUGUACUUCGACACGGGCAUGUACACGGAGGCGCUUAAUCUGGGCAGCCAGCUGCUAAAGGAACUGAAGAAGCUGGACGACAAAAAUCUGCUCGUCGAGGUGCAGCUGCUCGAGAGCAAAACGUACCACGCACUGAGCAAUUUACCGAAGGCCCGUGCUGCGCUCACGUCCGCGCGUACUACAGCGAACGCAAUCUACUGUGCACCGAAGGUUCAGGCAACGCUCGAUCUGCAGUCGGGCAUUCUGCAUGCGGCCGACGAGCGUGACUUCAAAACCGCCUUCUCGUACUUCUACGAAGCGUUCGAAGGGUUCGAUUCCGUGCAGAGCAGCAAGGCGCUGACCGCGCUAAAGUAUAUGCUGCUGUGCAAGAUUAUGCUCGGCCAGUCGGAUGAUGUGAAUCAAAUCGUCAGUGGCAAGCUGGCCAUUACGUACUCCGGACGCGAUAUCGACGCCAUGAAGGCGGUCGCGGAAGCAUCGCACAAACGCUCGCUGGCCGACUUUCAGGAUGCGCUGAAGAAGUACAAGAAGGAGCUGGAGGACGAUGUGAUUGUGAAGGCCCAUCUGGGCACGCUGUACGACACGAUGCUCGAGCAGAACCUGUGCCGCAUCAUCGAGCCGUACUCGCAGUGUGAGGUGAGCUUCAUCGCGGAACAGAUUGCCCUGCCCAUCGCACAGGUCGAGAAGAAGCUGUCACAGAUGAUACUGGACAAGAAGUUUAGCGGCAUCCUGGACCAGGGGAUUGGCGUGCUGAUCGUGUUCGAGGAAACGCCGGUCGACAAAACCUACGAGACUGCACUGGAAACGAUACAGCACAUGGGCAAGGUGGUCGACACGCUUUAUCAGAAAGCGAAGAAGCUGACGUAAAAAACAGCACGCGGUGGUGAUUGUGUCCCUCAUUGUUCUCCGGAAACGGUUUAGCGCAUAAUGCAAAUUAAUUAAUUUUGUCUACCAAUCUUAAAUCCUCUUUCCCACCACCACCCCAUACCCAACGUUUGUUUGGUUAUCGUUUUUUUUUCGAAACUCAGAGAAACAAAGCUGUCCCAUCCCCGGUUUUUGUGUAGAGAACGCCACGCCACCACGGCUAUCUAUUACAAAGCAUGUCCUUUCCGUUUUCACAAAGAAACAAAUCCGACUGACGACAAGAGUGCAUAGUUUUUAUCUCAAUUUUCCCACAUUAUUCCCCCGUACUCUGGCUGAGCAUGAAAAGUUAGUUGGCAGAAUGGUAACGCAUCCUCUUACAAUUAAAACUUCCGCUGUAGGGGGGAAAAAUUGUUUGUACAAGAAAAAAAUCAUUUGCACAGUAAACAAACUGAUUCACAAUUAAUACCAACACGCCUCGACAAGUGCUUUCGUUUCGUUUCCGUAAUCCGUUCUGUGAAGUGUGUUGGGGUGUUCAUAAAGCUGCUCAAAAGACUUACAAAAGCUCGACCCCACCCCCCUUGGUGCGUCGUGCAGAACAGCGGUUCGAGGAUGGUACGAAUAAAUUAUUUCUUUGAAAAUGUG